AAAGUACACACAAUUGUAUCUUAGAAACAAUUGUCUAGAAGCGUACAAGAUAAAAUCUUUACAAAUUGGCAAUUGAUGUGAAACAGACGUGCGUAGAAAGUGUAAUUACUGUAAUGAGGACCCUUUAAUCCUUUUCAACACUGGCACAUUUUCAAAACAAAAAAUAGACGCCAUGGAAAACUUUUCGCUGCAGCAGUUGAUCGAUCUGCAAAACAUCCAGAAGGAACUAAACAGCAACAAGGACACGUACCUUAAAACCUAUCGACAAGUACUCAAAAAGAAAUUUAGAUCAGAACUGAACAAUUUGGUCCGUGCUGAUUUCAAUAUAGUCAAAUCCGAGUUAAAGGUUCCACAAUUACCACCACUACCUCCAGAAGAUGAAAAGACCACAUUCACGGUACAGUUCAGCGAUAUGGCCAAGGACUACGAAUUCACUAAGGACUGCUUGUCCUUGCUGUAGGACUCUUCUGAUCGGUCUUUGGUGCUGUUCAGCCAAUAUUUAUGCAGCACGCGAUAUGUGUGCUGCAGACACUCGAUUGAGGGGGAUUGACUCUGGAAAAAAGGAGCUUAAUCAUUAAAUACAUACGUUUACAUGAA